AUGGGUAGCACAGACGACGACUUCUAUCUGUUCAACAGCAGCCUGGCGCCGACACCAAACGAUUUUGACGCCUUCCUCGCCAACGAACCCGAGCAAGAUCUCGCGCAUGAUGGCCUCAUAAACCCCUCCGACCUCAUAAAGAAAGAACAGUCCGCAGACAGUCCCGCAUUGGACUUCCAGCAGAACCACCGUGGAUCCGAGUCCUCAAGCUCCGAUGAAUCACUACAGCACAACCGUACAAACUCUGAGGUGUCCAUAUCCUCGAGCGCUUUUGCCCAGAAUGCCGCUUGGGGUUCCGGAAUCAAUGGCCUCAGUAUGCCAGCAUAUAAUGACUCGAUGAUGGGCGGUGUGGAGAACGAUUUUGAGGCAAAGAUGGCUUCCGACUUCGAUUUCGAGACCGCCGGCAGCACCCCCAGCGGCUUCGAUCCGCAGAUGUCCUUCGCGCCCGUCGUCGCCCCUGCUUCACAGUCGCUUAAGAGGGCUGCAAAUGUGGCACGCUUCGGUCAGGCGAAAAGCGCCUCUCCAAAAAUGGCAAACGCCGCACAAUCGGGGUUUUACAUUGCGAACUCGAGAGAAGCUUCGCCUCUCAAUGCCAUGCUUUCUGGACCAUCUGGUCAUUCUCCAUGGAAUAAACACUCGCCCUCCGCCGGUCUCGAGGAAACAUUUAACACCAUCACCAUGAAUGGGGACUCGCCCGGCAAUCCGGCAUUCUCCCCAAACAUGCAAUUCAACGGCAACUUCACCUUUGAUGCCGACUCAAGUGCAACUCCAUCCUCCUUCGGGAUGGACAUUGCUUCUCCGCCUUCAACUUCUACCUCUGCUCCUGAUGGAACACCUAGAUUAACCGUGCAUCCGACCUCGCUCAAGUCUCGCGUAGAGACGCAGAUACCGAUCAUUCUGACAAUGUCAUCAUUGCCCGUUGGGGCUAAGAAGUUGAAGCUACCGACGCACACAGUCUCAAAGCCAAAAUUCCUCGUCAAGGGCGAGCAGGAGCCGGGCCCAGAGGUUCUUGAGUUGCAUACGUCUUUGGUCUGCACCAGCGCUAUGCAAGACAAGGUCAAGCUCCAGCGAGCUCUCGCGCGCGCACGUGGUGAAGAGCUGCCAGCUGCUAACAAAUCCAGUCCGGCAUCCUCCACAACGUCCUCCUCGUCCAGAGAUGAUGAAGAUAAGCCAUUGAACGGUGGUGAAGUCAAGAUCUGUACCGGCUGCAUCCAGCGAGAGCGAAAGCGCGCGUCUCGCAAAAAGCAGAAGAAGCCAGAGGAAGAAGAGGCUUUUCAACGAGACGAGGAAAGACGCGUGGUUGUCUUCAAUACAAGCCAGAUCAAGGACUGGGCAGAGAUUCCGAAAGAGGGUGCCGAAGGUUCGGCGAAAGCUCCAAGAGCAUCUUCUGCUCCUCCUGGCGCGAUGCAGGUCGAGUUGCCAAUGCGAAUUGCCUGCUACUGCCGACACCAGAACGAGAAGCUUGGCUUUCAGGUCAUCUUCACCGUCAAAGACCAUCGCGAUCGAGUUAUCGCACAGAGUAUGACUAACCCGAUCAUGAUCACCGAUGACCAUAAGACACACAACGCUCCUACUGCUGUGCAACCGGUGGCUGCGCCUCUGCCCAAUGCCCCAACACUUCCUGGUGCUGGAGUGUUUCAAACUUCGGGGAACGACCCCAAGUCAUCGGCUACCCCCAAGAUGUUCAAGCAGUCUUUUUCCACAAACGACCUCAAUGGACUACAGAACAGUUUCAACCCAAAGUUCCCGAUGGCUUCUUCUAGCAACCCAUUCGCUAUUUCUGGCAUCUCAAAUGCAACAUCCGGAACAUUGACUCCUCGGAACCUCUCCCGCCCGGCCUCGCCGAACGCAUCAAUGGGACCGUCAACGAAGCGCAGGAAACAAAGUGGCUCCGGGAAGCUGCCGUCAGGCUUGACAAUGACGAGGCUCGAUACAGUUCCCUCUCAUCCCAGCUCGUCAACCAUGCCAAACUCGGCAGCAUCCUCGCCGUACGCGACCAACAUGACCUCGUAUAUGCCGCCACCCACUGGCUCAUAUAUUCCGCAACGUCCUCCAGGAUCUGGAACGAGCCCACCUACCCCCAACGGCACUGAUCCUACAUUUGCCUCUAUCAAUCGGUCGUUCUCCCUUGAGAACAUGCCCAGGCAAGCCAUGAUCUCGGCGCCUCCUUCCCGGCAACCAAGCAGGCCAGGUAGCCCCGUUUCGGGCCGAAAUAGCUUCGGCGCAGCUGAUCAAUCUCUUGCUUCGGGUGUCAGCAAUCAGCUGCAGAACCAGCUAUCGAGACGAGCUCCUCCGCUGAUCCAUAAGCUUGUGCCUGCCGAAGGCUCCGUCACCGGCGGUACGGAGGUGACACUGCUGGGCAAUGGAUUCUACCAGGGUCUGGAGGUCAUGUUUGGAGACACCGAAGCCACGACAACAACAUUCUGGGGAGAGAAGUGCCUGAAUUGUAUAGCCCCACCAGCGCUGCAACCGGGUACCGUUACGGUCAUCUUCAAGCACGAACAUCGCAACUACAUGCAACAAGGCGCACAAACUAGGCCGGUUCUCUUCACCUACACAGAUGACCGCGAGUUGGAGAUGUUUCGGCUGGCGCUUCGAACGAUCGGUAAGCAGAUGAACCACCCGACUGAUGAUCCGUACUCCGCUGCCCAGCAACUUCUCCAGGGCUCUCACCAAUCCAUGUGGGGAGCUCCGAAUGGAGGCUACAGUAUGGGUCAUCAGAGGAAUGGCGGUAUGACUGGUGCACCAAUGGAUGCAAUGGAGCUGGAGAACACCAUGGUUCGACUGCUCGAGUACAUGGACCUACGGGCGCCAUCUGCUCUGGCUAGGCUGGAUCUCCGACGUCCCUCCGGACUGACUCUACUUCACCUGGCGUCGUCACUCGGUUUGACGAGAUUUGCCGCUGGCUUACUUGCGAGAGGUGCCAACCCGCAUCUGGUGGACAGGAAUGGGCACACUGCGAUGCACCAUGCGGCAAUGCAUGGCCAUACUUACAUCCUACAACGACUGCGACUCUCGGGCGCUAGCCAUAAGGUUCGGAGCUUCAAGAACUUCACGCCUGCAGACAUGGCAACGUCUCUACUCUCAUACCAAGCGGUGACGGUUCCCUCCGCUCAUUAUCGCUCUCGGAGCGUCGGUGGAACUCCUAUGAGGUUGCAAAGCCGGAAGGCAAGCUCUGCCUCUCUACACUCCUUUUGGGACCACGACUCGACUUACAUGGAUUCGGACUCCGACGAGGCUGCAAUCGACGAUACUGAUCUGUCGCAAGAGCUGGCGCGUACUGGAACACGAAGCCGGACUGCAUCAAGGCGUGGUAGUGCGCAGCUUCCUACCAACGGACUUGCGACGUUGACGGCGCAUCGUUCGAUGGAGCCCGAAGCGAAUGACACUUUCAUGGCAGCAUGGCGAGAUCAGCUACAGAACUCGAUACAAAGGUACAACGAGGCCACCCAGGCCUUCCAGUCGAUGAUGCCUAGCUUCCCAGCAUUGAACGGUCACCUCCAGGCGCUGCAGCAGGAGUACCAGGGUAGUGCCAUGGUUCGACGUGUUAGUCAGCUUUUCCCGCAAAGGCCCGGUACCUCGAGGUCGAACUCGCGUCGCAACGACGGUUGGUGGGACGCCUUGACCGGUAACCGUUCACCUUCACCAACACAGCAGCCUCCCGCUUAUGAGUCGCUUUUCCCUGCGGAUGGACCCUCACCAGAAGACAUCAGCUUGAAGAAGCUUUCGGAAGAACAGGCUGCUGCAGACCUCAUCAUUGAUCGUCAUUUUGAGGCACAGUCAUCGAGUCGGGCACCUCACAAUCGCGACCAUGAUCAAGAUGUUGGCGAGUUACUCCUACAUCGCGAUAUUAAGCGCGUGGAAUUGAGCAAGGAUAGGAAACUAUUCUUCGUUUGGAUACCCAUACUCGCCAUCGUGCUUGGAUUGAUGCUCAAGAGCUCAGGCAUUUUCGAGUUGUUUCGCAGCAUCAACACGAACCCCGUUAUGGAUCGUAUGGUGGGGGCUCAGGAAAGAGUAAUUGAGGUGUUAUAG